AUGUCCUCCCACACAGUAAUAGUAACCGGCGCCGGCGGCGGCCUGGGCAAGGCCACCGCCACGGCCUUCCUCGCCGCAGGCAGCAACGUGGCCAUCUGCGACGUGAACCAGGAGCGGCUGACCGCGGCGGAGAAGGAGUGGCUCGCCGCAGGCCACAAGCCCGAGCGGAUCCUGACCACGACGACGGACGUGACGGACCCGGCGUCGGUGCAGGCGCUCGUAGACAAGACCGCCGAGCGCUUCGGCCGCCUCGACCUGCUCGUGAACAACGCGGGCAUUAUGGACGACUUCUCGCCGGCGGCAGAGUGCCCGCCCGAGCUGUGGGCGCGCGUGCUGGGCGUCAACCUCAACGGGCCCUUCUACGCGACGCGCGCGGCCGUGGCGCAGUUCCAGAAGCAGGGGCAGGACGGGGAUAGCAGCAGUGGAGGUGGCCUCAUCAUCAACAUCUGCUCCGUGGCCGCCAGGACCGGGCACAGCGCCGGCGCGGCGUACACGGCGUCCAAGCACGGCCUGCUGGGCCUGAGCAAGAACACCGCCUUCGCGUAUGCCGACAAGGGGAUCUACUCCGUCGCGCUGAUGCUGGGCGGCAUGAACACUAACAUCACUGAUGCCAUGCAGAAGGGCAUCAACGUGGAUUUCUUCCAGAAGUUCGAGCAGUCGCAGGCAAAGUUCGACGGGGAGAAGCACACGGUCCUCGUCGAGAACGUGGCCAAGUAUUGUGUGUUCCUGUCGGACCGCGGGAUCGCCAGGAGCGCCAACGGGGCGUGUCUGGACUUUACGAACAACUGGCCUGCGCAGUAG